AAUUUGACACAUUUACCCGUAACCACAUAAAACUAACAAAAAACUUGCUUUUUCUGUUUAAAGCGUCCGCAACCAUCACAAUGAACAAAACCGUGUUCGUCGGCAGCUUGGAUAGUACGAUUUGCGACUUCCAUCUAGACAAAUGUUUCCGUCCCUACGGCCCAAUCGACAACAUCAUAAUGAAAACGUACUUCGCCUUCAUCGUAUUCGAGGAUGUCGAAGAUGCGAGGAAUGCGAUCACGGAACUCAACGGCACCGAACUGAUGGGCUUGAGAAUUAAAGUCGAAUGGGCGAGAGAACAACGGUCAGCUGAACUGCAGAGGAGCAUCAGCAGAAAGAAUCGUUACACGACCCAGGCACUGUUGAUACCACCUAGGGCUCGCAACAGGGUAUUCGUUGAAAACUUGCCCGACAGAAUGAGCUGGCAGGAUCUGAAGGACUACAUGAGGCAGGCUGGCGAUGUCACGUACGCAAACAUUGUCAAACAGGGAGAAGGUGUUGUGGAAUUUGCUACUAUAGAAGACAUGAAAAACGCACUCGAAAAAUUAGGUGACAGGAAAAUAGAUAACCAGCGAAUUAGAUUGAUUGAAGAUGGCUCUAAAUCUAGGAGGCGGUCUAGAUCAAAUGAAACUUGGUACCGUAUUUCAUGCUCCCUUUAUCCUUCUAAAUACCGUAAGGUAACCAAACCGACAAUACCUUCGUAAUGUCAAAUUCUUAGUUUGAUCUACUCCGCUCUAGUUGCAGCUGCUCCAGCCGUUAUAUCUACUAUUGCUACUCCAGUUAUUGGAACUAGCCCCGCUGUGUCACCUGUGUCCUCUUAUUCUUCUUUACUUUUGACCAGAGUACCAGCUUCUUGUACUUUCUAUGAUCUCUAAAGUAGUUAAUAACUACUCCUCACUUGUUGCUCAAUUCAUUGUUUACUAAAAUAUAUUUAUUAUAUAACAUUUAAAAUUUUCAUAAUCGAAAUAAACAUAACAGG